GCUGCCGCCCAGGGUGAGCAGAGGGAGGAGCCCCGCGUCCUGUCAGGUGUCCAGGUGUCCUCCUCGCCUGCUUCCCUGCCCGCAGUCCUGCCUGCUGCUGUCCCUGACCUGUGUCAUCAUGCCUCGGGGGCGCAAGAGCAAGUGCCGUGCCCGCAUAAAGCGCCACCAGGCCCGGUUGGAGACCCAGAAUCUCCAGGGUGCACGGGCCACUGAAGCUGCCGCAGCAGAGGGGGAGACCCCCUCCUCGCCCUCUUCUGUUUCUCCCCCGAGCUCCCCUGCCGCUGGCACUAGCCAGCAGCCUGAGGGAGCCGUGGCCCCCAGCUCUCCCGAGGCGGGGGGUGCGUGCUCGGGGUCUGAGCAAGGUGCCCAGAGCCAAGAGGAGAGGGCCAGCGCCUCCCAGGCAGCGUGCUCCGCUCAGAGCUCUCUCAGAGAUCCUCUGACCAGGAAGGCGUGCAAGUUGAUGCAGUUCCUGCUGGAGAAGUACAAGACCAAUGAGCCCAUCACGCAGACAGCCCUGCUGAAGAUCGUCAACAGGAAGUACAAGGAGCACUUCCCCGAGAUCCUCAGGAGAGUCUCUGAGCGCUUGGAGCUGGUCUUUGGCCUGGAGCUGAAGGAGGUCGACCCCAGCAGUCACUCCUAUGCCCUGGUCUGCAAGCUGGGCCUCCCCAGCGACGAAAAUCUGAGUGGUGAUAGGGGGCUGCCCAAGUCUGGUCUGCUGAUGACGCUCCUGGGCGUGAUCUUCAUGAAGGGCAACCGUGCCACCGAGGAGGAGGUCUGGGAGUUCCUCGGUGCGUUGGGGGUGCACCCUGGGAAGAGGCACUUGAUCUUUGGGGAGCCCAGGAGGCUCAUCACCAAAGAUCUGGUGCAGCAGAAGUACCUCGAGUACCGCCAGGUGCCCGACAGCGAUCCUCCCCGCUAUGAGUUCCUGUGGGGCCCGAAGGCCCACGCUGAAACCACCAAGAUGAAAGUGCUGGAGGUUCUGGCCAAGAUCAAUGGUACGGUCCCCAGGGCCUUCCCCAAGCUGUAUGAGGAGGCUCUGAAAGAUGAGGAGGAGAGAGCUGGGGUGAGAGCUGCGGUCAGGGCUGCAGCGCGUGCCAAGGCCCGUGCAUGUUCCAAGGCCAAGUCCUGCAGCUCCUCCCAGGUGCUGGCAUCACCUACUUUCCUGCCCACAAUCCUCUUGCUGACCUUGCCUCAGGAUCAGAAGAGUAAGCUCUCUGCCGAGGCCCAAAGUGAGACCCAGGGUCCCACGGGCCUAGUCAGCAAAUUGGACAACAGCAAUGAUGGGAAUCUGAGUGGUGACAGAAAGUCACCCAAGACUGGUCUGGCAAGUUUCCUGGAUGUGAUCUUCAUGAUGGGUAAUCAUGUCACUGAGGAGGAGAUUCAAGAAUUCCUGAAAGUGCUGGUGAUACAUGAUGGCAAAAGGUACUUCAUAUCUGGUGAUCCCCAAAAGCUCACUACCAAAGAUUUGGUGCAGGAAGAGUAUACCAGCCUGGAAUGGAUAGAUUCAUGCCAGAGCAGGAAGGAACCCCAGGCCCUGCCAGCAGUCAGUGUGAGGACUGAGCGGCUCCACUCCAAAGAAGACAUGGGAUCCCACAGAGUCUCCCCGCCAUCCUCCUCACCUCAGCAUCAGGAGGCUCCAGGCAGGUGUGGCCAGAUGAGAUGUACCUGCACUUCACACCAGGAGGCUCAGGGAGCUGAUGUGUUUGAUGUUGAGGCCUUGGCCUCGGGUCGGCAGAUGGGAGAGGGAGAAGCCCCAGGACCCGCUGAGAGCCCACGGAAGGUGCACACGCUCCUCGACCCGCCGGCUCUCCCCCGGAACCCCGCCCCCAUGGCCGCGCCCCUGCUGUCCUCCCAGAGGCCCGGAUGUGCGCGACCGGAAGCCAAAGCGACGGCCCUGUCACCACACUCAGGGCCUGACGCCAUUCCUGAGAGCUGCCGCCCAGGGUGUCCUCCUCGCCUGCUUCCCUGCCCGCAGUCCUGCCUGCUGCUGUCCCUGACCUGUGUCAUCAUGCCUCGGGGGCGCAAGAGCAAGUGCCGUGCCCGCAUAAAGCGCCACCAGGCCCGGUUGGAGACCCAGAAUCUCCAGGGUGCACGGGCCACUGAAGCUGCCGCAGCAGAGGGGGAGACCCCCUCCUCGCCCUCUUCUGUUUCUCCCCCGAGCUCCCCUGCCGCUGGCACUAGCCAGCAGCCUGAGGGAGCCGUGGCCCCCAGCUCUCCCGAGGCGGGGGGUGCGUGCUCGGGGUCUGAGCAAGGUGCCCAGAGCCAAGAGGAGAGGGCCAGCGCCUCCCAGGCAGCGUGCUCCGCUCAGAGCUCUCUCAGAGAUCCUCUGACCAGGAAGGCGUGCAAGUUGAUGCAGUUCCUGCUGGAGAAGUACAAGACCAAUGAGCCCAUCACGCAGACAGCCCUGCUGAAGAUCGUCAACAGGAAGUACAAGGAGCAUUUCCCCGAGAUCCUCAGGAGAGUCUCUGAGCGCUUGGAGCUGGUCUUUGGCCUGGAGCUGAAGGAGGUCGACCCCAGCAGUCACUCCUAUGCCCUGGUCUGCAAGCUGGGCCUCCCCAGCGACGAAAAUCUGAGUGGUGAUAGGGGGCUGCCCAAGUCUGGUCUGCUGAUGACGCUCCUGGGCGUGAUCUUCAUGAAGGGCAACCGUGCCACCGAGGAGGAGGUCUGGGAGUUCCUCGGUGCGUUGGGGGUCCACCCUGGGAAGAGGCACUUGAUCUUUGGGGAGCCCAGGAGGCUCAUCACCAAAGAUCUGGUGCAGCAGAAGUACCUCGAGUACCGCCAGGUGCCCGACAGCGAUCCUCCCCGCUAUGAGUUCCUGUGGGGCCCGAAGGCCCACGCUGAAACCACCAAGAUGAAAGUGCUGGAGGUUCUGGCCAAGAUCAAUGGUACGGUCCCCAGGGCCUUCCCCAAGCUGUAUGAGGAGGCUCUGAAAGAUGAGGAGGAGAGAGCUGGGGUGAGAGCUGCGGUCAGGGCUGCAGCGCGUGCCAAGGCCCGUGCAUGUUCCAAGGCCAAGUCCUGCAGCUCCUCCCAGGUCUAGGGAAGCCGGGGCAGCUUGUUCACUUUGUGUUUAAGAGAUCAGCCAAGCGUCUAAGUAGUGCAUGGUAG